UGCAUUGUGGACUUGUAUACACUGGACGGUAGCCUGGUGAAUGACAUGCUCCAGCAAUCAGAUUCCCCACCAACAAAGUCUGCAGCACACGGAGCCACUCAGACAGCCAUGGCUUCACCAGUGGGGCACCAACUGAGAGACGUUAGCAGUGCAGCAAAGUCUUCAGAACAAGGAACCACUCAGACCGCCAUGACCCCACAAGCCGGGCACCGACUGGAAGAAGUUGGCAGUGCAACAAAGUCUGCAGAACAAGGAACCACUCAGACCGCCAUGACCCCACAAGCCGGCUACCGACUGGAAGAAGUUGGCAGUGCAACAAAGUCUGCAGAACAAGGAGCCACUCAGACAGUCAUGACCCCACCAGCUGGGCACAAACUGGAAGCAGCUGACAGUGCAGCAAAGUCUGCAGAAGGAAGAGCACAGCAAACAGCAACAACCUCACCAUUCUCAGCAACUGCUACCAGGUUGUUUGCCGAUGAUCCUGAUCCUUUGAUGUUACCAGACGCUGAUACAUUUGCUGUCUACGUUUGCAGAGUGAUGUCAGAAAACACUGUCCUGUUGAGAAUAGUUGAUGAUGAAUAUUCUGAUAAGCUAGAUGAACUGGAACAGGAAAUUGCCGACAACUUCUACUCCUUUCCUGUCCCUGAGAAGAUCCGGCAGAGCAACAUCUACGCUUGCAUGGUGCUGGCUGGUUCUGAAGAUGCAGAGGAUGUGGAGUAUGAUGAGGAAGGCAUGGAAAAGUUAACAGAUCAGAACAAAUACCACAGAGUCAGGGUUAUCAAGGAACACAAGAAUGGAAGCUGUGACUGUUACCUGCCAGACCAUGGCCACAAUGAAACGUUAAAUCGCAGCCAGCUACGGGAAAUUGAUCCACAGCUGAACAGAUCCCUCUCCUAUCAGGCUGUUAUGGCCAGGUUGCAUGGUCUAGACAGUCUCCCAGACAAGCUUAAGCCGAUGGCCGUCCGCCUGCUGAUUAAGCUGUUAACCACUGGAGCCACAUUGUUUGCUCUGAGGAAAGGAAAACAUGCAGAGAAGAGGAAUGGUGAUCCAGGAGGCUUAGAUGUCACUAUAACAAACAGGGUUAGGAAGAUCAUCAGUUGCCUGAAUGAUAUCAGUCCCGGCAAGGUGGGCCAAGUGUACCAGGACGUCUAUAAAGAAUCUCUUGAGAAUGUGGAGGAGGUCAUCAAAAACAUUCCUGGCUAUGGUUACUGGAGAGA